AAUUUCUUAAAGGAAAAACAAAAGGUAAAAUCUGAGAAGAAUCAAUUUGACCAAAAGUGGGGUGGUUAUGGGGUAUGGGAUGAUACGUUGUGUAAAUUGUUUUGUUGUUUUUAAUAAUUAUAUUUCGUUUUCUCGUAACUUGGUCGGUUGUCCUUCGAGUUAACAGAAAGAUAUAUCAUUGAGUAUUGUCUUUUAUCUCCAACAAGCCACUACGGACCUGCAACAAGCUCGGAUCACGGGUCGUCGAGAAGAAGAGGUUUUGAGUUGCCUGGCCUGGCCUUUCCUCUGUAUCCCUGCAAAAAAAAAAUCAAAACUUUGCAAGAAAUGGUUUGAGAGUAGAGGCUAUAUCGUGGUCGAAGCUCAUGGGUUUUGUGGACAAGGAUUGAGAAGCGUAUAAAGGGUAUCUGGGGUUGUUUUGUUUACAGAGAUUGAGGAUUUUCCAACUGGGUUUUUGUUAUAAUGGAAGGAGGAGAUAGGAUUGAAGAAAGUAGUGUAAGGUUAUUGAGCCGUAGGCCUAGUGUUAGUAGUGGUGGUGGAAGUGAGUCCAGGUGGGUAGAUGGAAGUGAGGUAGAUUCGGAGUCACCUCCAUGGUCUCGGGUUGAUGAGAAUGAAGGGCAACAAGGGUUUGGAACUCUGAGAAGUAGACUUGCGAAGAAGCCCAAGAGAGUUGAUUCAUUUGAUGUUGAAGCCAUGGAAAUUUCUGGAGCUCAUGGUCACCACGCCAAGGACAUUUCAACGUGGCAAACUGUUGCUUUAGCAUUCCAAACUCUUGGAGUGGUAUAUGGUGACAUGGGCACGAGCCCCUUGUAUGUCUUUGCUGAUGUCUUCAGCAAGGUAAAUAUUAACUCAGAAGUUGAUGUCUUGGGGGCUUUAUCACUAGUGAUGUAUACCAUUGCUCUCAUACCACUAGCCAAAUAUGUCUUCGUUGUUCUUAAAGCCAAUGAUAAUGGGGAAGGAGGUACAUUUGCACUGUAUUCACUGAUAUGCAGGUAUGCAAAGGUCAAUAUGCUACCAAAUCGUCAACCAGCUGAUGAAAAGAUCUCAAGUUUUAAGCUGAAAUUGCCUACUCCAGAGUUGGAAAGGGCUUUGAAUAUAAAAGAGUCUUUGGAAAGGAAAUCAUCCUUAAAAAUCCUUCUCUUGUUGCUUGUUCUGACAGGAACUUCCAUGAUUAUAGGAGAUGGAAUACUGACCCCAGCAAUGUCAGUGAUGUCUGCUGUGAGUGGUUUGAAAGGUCAAGUACAAGGUUUCGGUACAAAUGCUGUUGUUGCGGUUUCAAUUUUUAUUCUGAUUGCAUUAUUCAGCAUACAGAGUUUUGGGACUGGUAAAGUGGGUUUCUUGUUUGCGCCUGUACUAGCUUUGUGGUUCUUCAGUCUGGGCAGUAUUGGGAUUUACAAUCUUUUGAAGUAUGAUAUUACAGUCUUGAGAGCAUUUAAUCCCAUGUAUAUCUUUCUCUUCUUCAAAAAGAACAGCAGUCAAGCCUGGUCAGCUCUUGGUGGUUGUGUUCUGUGCAUUACAGGAGCUGAAGCAAUGUUUGCAGAUUUAGGCCAUUUUUCUGUACGAUCCAUACAGUUUGCUUUCACUUUUGUGGUGUUUCCUUGUCUUCUCUUGGCUUACAUGGGCCAAGCAGCAUAUCUGAUGAGAUUUCCUCAUGCUACAGAGAGAAUAUUUUAUGAUUCUGUGCCAGAGAGCCUUUUUUGGCCAGUCCUUGUGAUAGCCACCCUAGCUGCAAUGAUUGCCAGCCAAGCAAUGAUAUCGGCUACUUUUUCAUGUGUUAAACAAGCUAUGGCUCUUGGGUGCUUCCCAAGACUGAAGAUAGUUCACACCUCAAGGAAACUAAUGGGUCAAAUUUACAUCCCUGUCAUCAAUUGGUUUCUGAUGAUCAUGUGCAUAGUUGUAGUUUCCAUCUUUCGAAGCACCACUGAUAUUGCAAAUGCAUACGGCAUAGCUGAAGUCGGUGUCAUGAUCGUGAGUACAAUCUUGGUGACACUUGUAAUGCUUCUCAUUUGGCAGACCAACUUAUUUCUGGCUAUAUUGUUCCCACUUGUCUUUGGAUCAGUAGAGCUCAUCUACUUGUCUGCAGUUCUAACAAAACUUUUGGAGGGUGGUUGGCUGCCUCUUGUGUUUGCUACUGUCUUUCUUUGUGUGAUGUACACAUGGAACUAUGGAAGUGUGUUGAAGUACCAAAGCGAGGUCAGAGAAAAGAUUUCCAUGGACUUCAUGCAAGAACUUGGCUCCACACUUGGGACUGUGCGAGUCCCUGGAAUAGGAUUGCUGUACAAUGAACUUGUCCAAGGCAUUCCCUCUAUUUUUGGUCAGUUUCUUCUAAGCCUACCAGCUAUACACUCUAUUGUAGUUUUUGUUUGCAUUAAAUAUGUCCCAAUCCCAGUAGUUCCUCAAGAGGAAAGAUUUCUGUUUCGAAGAGUUUGUGAAAAGGACUACCAUAUGUUCCGCUGCAUUGCUCGGUAUGGUUACAAAGAUGUCCGGAAGGAAGACCACCAUGCAUUUGAGCAACUCUUGGUCGAAAGCCUAGAAAUAUUCUUAAGAAGGGAGGCUCAAGAUCUUGCCUUGGAGAGUUCCUUAAAUGAAAUUGACCAUGAUAGCAUUUCAAUUACAUCAAGGGAUUCUAGAAUCCCAACUGGAGAAGGGCAUGAAGAGCUUAGGAUCCCAUUGAUGCAGGAAGGAAAAUCAGAUGAAGCAGGAACUUCUUUUACAGAAGACAAUGUCGCAUUACUUCCAUCUAGUGUCAUGUCAUCGGAUGAAGACCCGAGUUUGGAGUAUGAACUCUCAGCUCUCAGAGAAGCAAUAGAUUCAGGAUUCACUUACUUCCUUGCACAUGCGGAUGUGAGGGCAAAGAAAAACUCAUUUUUUCUCAAGAAACUGGUUAUAAAUUACUUCUAUGCAUUCUUGAGGAGGAACUGUAGAGCUGGUGCUGCAAAUAUGAGUGUACCUCACAUGAACAUCCUUCAAGUUGAGAUGACAUAUAUGGUUUGAUUUCUUCAUUCCUAAUGCAUUAGUGGAUUUUAAAUUUAUUGGCUGAGUGUUGCAAAAUCCAAUGUCAAAACCUCAACACUCUGGCUCAACAACAACAGUAGUGAUAAUAAAUAAAUUUAAAAUAGAAAGUCUUGUCCUGACGUUA